CUUAAAUCGAGCUCUGUUCAUCUUUGGCUUACCACAUCUCUCCCGAACCCAUGGCUCUCUCGAAACCCGUUUUCUUCCCCCACCUCAAAACCCUGAGCAAACCUCACCACCAUCCCUCACCACUCUACCUGUCUCUCCGUCUCCUUUCCUUCGCUACCCCUGAAGAGGCCGCUGCCGAGAGGCGUCGCCGCAAGCGUCGUCUCCGCAUCGAACCCCCUCUCAACUCCCUCCGCCACACCCAGCCCCAACAACGCCCCAUAAACCCCACCCCCAACCCUAACGCCCCCAAACUCCCCGAACACGUCUCCGUCCUCACCGGUAACCGCCUGAACCUCCACAAUCGAAUCCUCAAGCUAAUCCGCGAAAAUGACCUCGAUGAAGCAGCUCUUCUCACUCGCCAUUCCAUCUACUCCAACUGCAGACCCACCGUCUUCACCUGUAACUCUGUCAUGGCCGCCCUCCUUCGCCAAUCCCGAUACGCCGAUCUUCUCUCGCUCCACCGUUUCAUCACUCAGGCUGGCGUUGUCCCCAACGUCGUCACUCACAACCUCCUCAUCAACGCCUACUGCGAUUGCAGGAAAACCGAUACUGCGCUUGAACAUUACAAGCAGCUUAUUAAUGAUGCCCCUUUCAAUCCUUCCCCGACUACUUACCGGAUUCUCGUAAAGGGCCUUGUGGAUAACAACAAAAUCGAUCGAGCGUUACAACUCAAGGACGAGAUGCUCACGAAGGGUUUUGCUCCAGACCCAAUUGUUUAUAAUUAUCUCAUGUUGGGUCUUGUGAAGAAGCCGGACGCUGAUGGAGUUCUUGCACUGUAUGAUGAAUUGAAGGAGAAGCUAGGACCUGUUUCGGAUGGGGUUGUGUAUGGAAGCUUGAUGAAGGGGUACUUCUUGAAAGGAAUGGAGAAAGAGGCCAUGGAAUGCUAUGCUGAGGCCGUUAGAGAGGAUUCUAGGGUUAGAAUGUCGGCAGUUGCAUAUAAUUCGGUUUUGGACGCUCUGAGCAAGAAUGGGAAGUUCGACGAGGCAAUGCGGCUGUUUGAUCAAAUGAUGGAAGAGCACAGUCCGCCGAGGCGGCUCACCGUGAAUCUUGGUAGUUUUAAUGUUAUGGCAGACGGAUUUUGUGCACAAGGGAGGUUUAAGGAUGCGAUUGAGGUUUUCAGGAAGAUGGGUGAGAAGAGAUGCAGUCCAGACACUUUAUCUUUCAAUAAUUUGAUCCAACAGUUAUGUAGCAAUGGGAUGGUGGCAGAGGCGGAGGAUCUUUACAGGGAAAUGAGCGAGAAGGGGGUUAACCCGGAUGAGUUUACAUACGUUUUGAUGAUGGAUGCUUGCUUUGCGGACAACCGGGCUGACGAAGCUGCUGGGUACUUUGGGAAGAUGGUGGAAUCAGGACUCAGACCGAAUGCCGUUGCAUAUAAUAAGGUGAUUGAUGGUUUGGUUAAAGUUGGGAAGAUUGAUCAGGCAAUAGUUUUCUUCGACCAGAUGGUGGAGAAGUUAAAGGUAGAGGUCACAAGCUAUGAGGAGAUGUUGAAGGUGUUGUCUGAAGCAGGUAAGUUGGAUGAGGUGCUUAAGUUGGUUGCAGACAUGUUGAAAGAUGAUAGUCUGAGUUUGAGUUCAGAAAUGCAGGAGUUUGUGACUGCUGCAUUGAAGAAAGAGGGAAGAGAGGAGGAAUUGGUUAAGUUGUUGGAGGAGAAGGAAAGAGAGAAGGCUGAAGCUCUUUUUAAGGAAGCAGAAGCAGCAAAUGCCAGUGAAACGUCUGCUGCGCUGACUGCCGGAUCUUCUGCAAUCCUAAGUAACGAAGCCAAGGUGGAGACGACUAAUUUCGGUGAAGCUACUAUCAACCCCGCACUUGUGAAUGCAGCGGAUUUGACUGUUGGCGACCAACAGAAUAACCAAGAAGCUACUGCUGUUGAGAGUGAUUCUGCAGAAGCUGGUGUUGUACAAGUGAGUACAACUGAAGAUUUGAAGAUUAAAAACGAUGAUGUUUCAGCAGAACAGGUAACAGUUUAACAAAACUGUUAAUGGUGCAUUUGAUGAUUCUUUGGAGAUAGAUACUUUUCUUUCCCAUGAAUGUAGCUAGGAGUUCUUUAAAGAUCAAUUAUGCUAUUUUAAGGGUUAUUGGGUAUAUGACAGACUUGUUAAACUAGGCGACUACCUCGUGCUCUACCCAUUUGUAGUUGAGUAUGUAUUGAACUCCAAAGUCCAACAAUGUUAGAAAGCACUGAAGGGUGUUUAUACUUAUAUCUGUUUUGAUGACUGAAUUCCACCAUUUUUGUUACUGUUUUGCCUGUUUUACUUCCCUCAAUAUGAGAGAUUUAGCAUUGUAUUAUUAGAAUAUUGAACCCUCUUAAUUCUAUUAGUAAAUCAGUUUGCCAUA